AUGCAAACGAUUGGAGGCCGCGCGCCGGAUGUGGCGCCGUUAUCUGAAAUAGGAAGCAGUAGAAACAUCCUCGGCACCGAACUGGGUGGAACGGCCGCUUCGCCCCAACGCGGCAGCAGCGCCAGCGCCGCUUCCACAGCCGCGAAUGCGCAGGAGAAGCUUGUGCAGGAGUUGCAGGCGAUCCGCGAGAGACGCAACUGGCUCAUCCACCUACUUUACGUCCGACAGGAGUACAGCAACUGCCUGCAGGUAAUCGAAGCACAGCUUCGUGAGACGGAGGGCACGUGCGUGUACGCCCUGUACGUGAAGGGGCUGCUAAAACGUCUGGAGGGCUCUCUCUCCGAGUCGUUGGAGCUGGUGCAGACCGCCGUGAUUAUCAGCCCGGAGAACGCGGUCACCCGCACACAGCUUGGGCGUGCGCUGCACCUCCUUGGCCGUCACGAGGAGGCCAUUCAAGCAUUUCAGGAGGCGGCGAGCAUUCGCGUCGUGAAAGGCCUCGGCGCGGACUGGGAGAUCGAGUACUACAUCGGCCUCUGCCACCUGCACCGACGCCACUAUCGUCGCGCCAUCGAUGCCUUCCUGCAGUCCAUUUCCAUUCAACGUCACGACUGCACUUACUUGCAGUUGGGAAAAGCGGCACUGCUGGCGCACGACUACGCGACUGCGCUGCAGGUGUACGAAGAGGCCGUGACGCUGUCGCCGACGAAUCCGGACCUGCUUGCGAUGCUGGGCCACCUUUACCUCCAGCAAGGCAACCCCGGCGCGGCCUUUGACUACUUGGGUCGCUGUCUCACCAUCCGCCCCACCCACAUCGAUGCCCUUGUCGCCGCCUCGAGCAUCAUCCAAGACAGCGGGGACUACGACGUGGCACUGACCAAGUACCGGAUCGUGGUGGCGCAGCAGCCGGACUCGUCGCAGGUGUGGAACAACAUCGGCGCCUGUUUUAUUGGCAAGAAAAUGACGUACGCAGCCGUCGCGUGUCUGCGAAAAUCCAUCUUCCUCUGCCCGUUUGAUUGGAUCAGCCACUACAACCUAGGCGUCGCGUUUCUAAUGAUCGGCCGCUACUGCUCGGCUCUGCAGUGCCUGAAUGCGGCCGUGCACCUGCAUGCCGACCACGCACCCGCAUUUAUGCUGCUCGGUAUCUGUCUGGGUGAGAUGAAGGAUCUACCGAACGCGUGUCGCGCCUACGACCACGCCCUCGCGAUGCAAGACGACUUCCUUGUGUAUCUGAACUACGCGGUGACGCUGUACAAGGGUCGCUCUGGGGAAGAAGCGUGUACGAAAUUCCGCGUCUUCCGCAGCGUAUGGGACCAGCUCACACCCGAGCAGCGCCGCGAGCAGUCUUCGCUUAUUCCUGGAGUCAUACGACAGCUGGAGGACUUACUGGUGCCGCCCUCGGAGCCGCCGAUGUCCACCUCUGACCCUGUGCCGGAAGACAGCACUGGGGCUGCAGUGGCAGCGGCACCGAAUCCCGAGUCGGUGCCGUAG